AUGGAAGAAACCUCUAGCAGUAGUCAGUCCAGUACGCAGAAACAACUGACAUCUCACUCAACACACUCACAACGGUCUGUCACCAGUCCAUCAUGGUGGACCCGAAUGAGCUUGGACAACUGGGUAUGGGAGUUGUCAGCAGCACUGCUGUGCAUCUGCAUCCUUGCUGCCAUUGCUGCCAUUCUGUUUGUAUACGACAACCGCCCUAUUCCAGAUUUACCAGAUGGAUUGACAAUCAACGCAAUAGUUUCCCUUCUGGCAGGCUUUGCAAAUGCUGCACUUCUGGCAGUACUGGCAUCUGCCUUGCGCCAGGAAAAGUGGCUGUGGUUCAUUGGAAAGCCGCGACCACUCAACACUGUCGACGCUUUCGAGGAGGCCAGCCGCGGGCCUUACGGCUCACUUCUCCUCAUCCUAAGUCGUCGGGGUAGUUAUCGAGCACUGGUCGCCGCAUUGGUCACCGUCCUGGCUCUCGGGUUCGAACCCUUUCUGCAACAAGUCUUGAACACUGUUGUUCGCGACAACCCUGUCCCCUCCCAACCUGCCUCGAUCCGUACCCCGACUUCAUACAACGAAUCAGUGAGUGGAAACCUGGGCGGUUCAGGCCUGUCACUGAACGCUUUGAUCGGAGCAUUUGGAGGGGCAGCAGGUGCAAUCCCGAAUCCCAUCUGCCCAAGUGGAAAUUGCACAUGGCCAGUGUACAACACCCUUGCAAUGUGCACCAUGUGUACAGACAUGACGAGCCACGUGAAAGUUGAGGGAGACCCGUACAACAUCAACUUGACCUCGCACUUUGAGAAGUUCUCUCAAAGUAAUCAGUCGUCGUCCUCCACCACUUGGUCGCCAACCUAUUCCUUCCCACACGGCAAUCCCGUCAACGUCUCCGUAAAUCUUGACCUGUCAUCCUCGGGUAUGGUGGAGUGGUUCGUUACCUACCCUCGCCGCGUGGUGUGGCCCCUGAAUAUUGACCCAGCCCCGGACAGCCACUGGGGCAAGAGCUGGGACAACAAAUCAUAUGCUGGUAUCUCUUCUCCUCUGUUUGCCAUGGGCUAUCUCGACAUUAACACGACCUCCUCUUUCGACGGACUGGUAGUCCAAGCCGCCACGGAAUGUGCGUUUACACCCUGUGUGCGGACUAUGGACACCGUCGUUCGCUCCGGCACGACCAUCUCCAACGCAACAGCUACAGACUACGGCACCGUCAUCAUCAAUCAGAAUCAACCGGAUGGUCGCAUUUUGACAGGCUGGAACGCAGAAGUGAAUGGCACGAAUUACUUCGCCUACGAUGCCGGCAACGACGAUGCUCAAGGUCGAGCGUACUUGCUCAUCCAAGCCCUGCGAAUAGCGCUCGAGGGAAAUACCACUUACAGUUACGGGGGAUACUGGUACUCGGACCCCUCUGAGCAAGGAGACACGUUCAAUUUCUCUUCGACCAGCUUCGACCAAGUCGCCGGGCCUUGGAGCUCUGCGGGCCAGCAGGCGAUCGACGGCAACGGGAAUUUCAGCGACGUCGUGAACAGCGUCGGGCAGGCACUGACGGGCCGUUUCCAGCAGCUUCAAGACACCGUGGCCAUCGGCACGACUCUUCACAGCGAGGCGGUGAUCGUAGUCCGCUGGGAAUGGAUCAGCUAUCCCUUGGCCCUCGUCGUGCUCGGACUCGCGGGGCUGUUCCUGACCAUGUUCUCCACGCGUCGCAACCACAUGGCGGUCUGGAAGGAGUCGACACUCCCUCUCCUCUUUCGCUACACCGCGCCCGUCGAGUUACAACAAGCGGCCCACAGUACCAGUACUCCAGGAGGACUGGGGCGACCUAGCACGACGUUCUCGUUUUCAAACACCAUCCCCUGCGGCGGCCCGGAUCCGAACAAGGUCAGCUCGAUCGUCACCCAGGCCUCAGAGGAGCAAGUGCAGCUGCGGCGCCGUGAUUCGUCCUGGAUUCUGGACUCGGAUCCCCAGCCGCCGGCAGACAGCAAGGACAGUUUGUCGCUCCAGAGGAUCUGGCAUCGAGUAUAG